AGCAGCAGCAGCCGCGACAGCGCCUCCCGCGUGGCUCUUCGCUCGCUCCUCUGGCUCCGGCCCAGCCCCUCUCGUUCGCCCGCUCGUCCGCCUCGCCUCUCCCCGCUCCUCCCCUCGAUUUGUUUUGUGCGGCGACUUCGGGAGCGUGACGGAGGCGCUUAAAAGCGCUUAUGCAACCGGCUGACCUACUAACACACAUUCGCCUGGGGAAAGAAGUAGGGCGGCGGCGGCGGCGGCAGCAGCAAAGCUCGCGAAAGACGCGCGGCGACUCCUUCCCGCCGCUGGAGAGGUGGCCGAGGGGCGCCUGGAAGAGGAUCAGGAUUUUGAACCCAGGACUUCCCAGCCUAUGCCCACAGCUAGUCAGCGAAUCAUGUCUCUUGAUCAUAGUUCCUUGGUGAAGAGGAAUGGAAGGCCUUGCUGAAGAGGUGGAGCUGAUAAGAAGCAUCCAUGUUGCUGAAUGGAACCUGUGAUGCUGCUGUUGGAGGCUAAGCGUUUCUGCUGCCUUCUGGGCCUGACCCAGCAGUUGCUGUUGAUUCUCUACUCUUCCCACUGUGCCUCUGUUGUCCAGCCACAUCCCGGCUCCUGUUGUCUGUAGCGUUACUGAGCUGAAGACCAAGGAGAGUAAAACCCUCCCAAGGAAUCUGGAGACAGUACCUUUUCGGCGGGGAUUUGGAAGAUGGUCUCCUUGUAUCGGACAAUUCAUUUUCCAUUGAUGGGAGCCCAGAUCCCAUCUGACUGUAGCAACUGGAGGACAGCUCAAGGCCAUACUGGAUACAGCUUCCCAGGCAAUACAGCUUGGUAACAGUUUGGAGUGCACAGCUGGGAAGAAGUAUCCUGUGGAACAGCAGGAGCAGCCGCUGCCACAGUUUUGAGGAAGGGAAAUACUCCAGCGACAGACAAAGUGCAUCUGGACAUUUUGCCCCCAACUUCCCUCCCUUCCCCCACCCCCAUGAUGGAGAGUCUCAACUCCCCCACAUUAUGUGUGGCUGGGAACUUUCCCGAGUUCCAUCCCAAUGGCAUUAUUCAGCGAGCCCGAACCCUGAAGAGCAAGCCGAAUGCCAACUGUAGGCGAAAGCGAGAGUUUAUCUCUGACGAGAAGAAGGAUGCCAGCUACUGGGAGAAGCGUCGUAAGAACAACGAGGCUGCUAAGCGUUCCCGGGAGAAACGGCGCUUCAAUGACCUGGUUCUGGAGAAUAAGGUGCUGGCACUCAACGAGGAGAACUUGAGGCUGAAAACAGAGCUACUGCAGCUGAAGCUGCGUUUUGGCCUCAUCAGCACGACAGCCUUCAUGGAAAAGAGCCAGCAGCUGAGCACUGCCAGUGCCAACAACCCAGCACACUUAUAUGGUGUCGGCAACAGCAGUUUGUAUCCCAGUUCCCUGUCCCGAGCCCCCCACUCAGAGGAUUCGUCUGAAACUGAGCAGUCAAGCCGGGACAGUGUAAGUGUAUCGGUAGCCAAGUAUUCUCCCCGGGACUCUCUCUCUGACCUGUCUGAUGGCUCAUCUCGGGACAGCCCUCUGCCCCAGACGCUUGAGGAAGCCCAGGCCAUCCAUCGUGUCUAUGGGGAUGCCCCCUUGCAGCCUUACCCGGAGCCCAAGGGCUCAGUUCCCCGCAGUGUAAUCCUCUUCAGUGCCAAUGGCUUCACUGCAGUGGCCCCUCCGCAACCCUUGCUUCCUGAAGAAGUGGGGCAGGCAGAAGGCUGUGGGAACCAGAGUCCCAAAAGCCACUGCAGGGGGCGUGAUCCCCACUGCCCACAGGGGGAGCUCCAGACACAUUCAGGGUAUUGCUCAAAGCCCCAGAACUGUAGUGCUUCUGAUGGUUAUUUGGAGGAGGAGCACAUAAAGAAAGAUGAAGAGCCUAGAUCCCCCUUUGAGGGUUACACCAGUGAGGAAAGUGAAGAACCCUCCUGGGGAUGUUCCUCUGCUCCCUUCCCUGUGCCGUUGGACACUCUCCCUGACGUGAAGACUGCAGCUCUCCCACACAAGCUUCGACUCAAGUGCAGAGCGCACAGCAGUGGAAUUCAUGAACCAUUCCCCGGAUCUAGCACUGCUCCAGCUGGCUGCUGCCAGGGAGCCUCGGCAGCCUCAGAUUGGGACAGUGACCGACAUGAGGAGAUGUCAGCCCUGGUGCGGCAAGCCUUGUUUCUGAACGAGCCCCCCGCCUCCAGUGGCAACUUGGAAAGACUUUUGUGUCAUGGCUCAGGGCUGCCUUCAGAUCACUCAGUCCCAAAGGACCAUGUCAGCAGGUGGGAGGAUGCUUGUCAUGAUGAUGGCCCCAGACCAACUUGAAGAAGACCUAGGUCUGGAUAAAGUUUUGGAAAGUAAGAAGAAGAAAUUGAACUGGGUGUUGGUACAAGAAAGGGAUUUUUACAUGGCCAAACGAGCAUUGGAGAAGAGAGCCAUGGCUGACCUGCACCUGCCGACUUCAGAAUCUGGGGGGAAUAGGGAUCAUGAAAUGGCAAAAGAGGAUACAUAAGUUGAACAUGGGGGAUAGGGUGGGGCUGCCUCAGAAAAAGACUUUGGAAUUACUAAGGUAUAGUGGGUGAUGGGACUCCUGUUUUCUAAGGCUCCAGAAUUCAGUGUGUAGAUGAGAUGUGUUUUGCUGGGUGAAUGCCUAAUGGUAUUCUAACUUGAUAACAAUUCUGACAUUGUGAUCGAUAGGAGAGUACCCAAAAGUUGGCACCUAAUCCAUUCUGCACUGAUGUUAAGGUUCUUGGAUACCAUAAUAAGGAUGCCUAAAUGGAUUGUUAGUGACUGUAUUUUCUCUGUCAGAAAUUGCUUGGCCAAACCAAGCGUUGUGUGUUUUUAAUUACUAAAAUAAACCUACAGAAAAAUGUUAAGAA